AUGAGCAGCUUCCAAGCAGGACCGUCUGCCAGGCAGAGCGGGUGCCCUUUGAUUGUUGGUUAUGAAUGCAUCCGCAGUAUUAAUUGGCCAUGGCUGGAUAGCGGGGGACGAGGAGGAAAGCGAAACGAAGAGGGAAAAGCGGCUAUGCGGGGGAAUGGCGCGACGGAGCGUCAACGCGAAGCCAGGCAGCCAGCCAGCCAGCAAGCAACCUCAGGAAUGGCAGCGUCAGUCCGUCGUACUAUUCUUGUAUUCCUGUAUGGAGGGAAGAACGUGAGAAACGGCAAGUUUACCAGUCUUUACCCGUUUGGUACCCACACAGCCAAAUCACACGGCGCCAACGGUGGCUGCGGAUCUGUGCGGUACCGUAUGGAGUGGUGGCUCCAUCUGCAAGGUGCAUUAGGGUAUGGAUCACAAUCCACUAGACCUCUCAGAGGAGCCGCGGUGGAUGCCCGGACACACCCGUGGUAUAGGCAUCUAGUCACUAGCUACAUCCACUUAACUGUACCUAGCUGCACAGUUAUCUAG